AUGUCUAUGGGUCCGGCCGCUGGCGUGAAGCGUCCAGCGUCUUUGUUGCCUGCCUUCGAACCCUUGAGCUCAUCCCCCUCUCUCCCCCGGCCCCAGAAGCGUGUGGCACGCGAACCAGCUGUCACCUAUCCCACGCCGGUUCCGACCUCGUCAACCCAUAUAAUGUCGUCUUCUCCACCAGGAAUUGCUGCUGCCCAUCACUCGACGCGUCGUACCUUCUCUGCCGCCUCCGAACGUGCUCCCUUGUCCGCCGUGCCCACCCUCAUGCUGCCUGAAAAUGGCGAGCCUAUCCUCAUGGGUCGAUCAAGUGCCUCGUGCCACCACCAGCUUGCUGCCAGCCGAAUGAUCUCUCGUGUUCAUGUCAAGGCAACUUAUAAACCCGCACCAAACCCCUUCGACCGGGAUAGAGUCGAGAUUAUGUGCAUUGGCUGGAAUGGGAUCAAAAUCCACUGCCAAGGAAAAAAAUAUGAUUUGGCCAAGGGCAAGACAUUCACCUCGGACAUCAAGGAUGCGGACAUCAUGAUUGAUGUGCAUGAGGCUCGGGUCUUGGUGCAAUGGCCUCGUAAUGAAGCUGAUAGAAAAGACUGCCCAUCCACUGACUCGGAACAGACCUGGGACGAAGAAGGCACGCCGACCCAGAAGACACAUUCUCGAAGGAUAUUGCAAGAUAGUCCUUUACCCCAGAAUCAACGAUUGGCUUCUCCCGUCUCCCCGUCGCCCAUAGUGCAACGCACUCUACCCCCAUCGUCCCCUAUCUUCACACCCUCGCGUUCACGUGCUGCCGUGGUGGUUUAUGAAGAUGGACCGUCUCCUCUGAAACGUCACAACACUGUUAUGGGUCUCACUUCUCAAAGUGCUCGACGUGCCAGUGCUAUUCUCCAGAGCGACUUGAGUAGACCUGAUGAGGAAUCGGACAAUGAUGAGGAAAAUGACCCUAUCGUGCACUCCUUUGGACCCUUUGGCGAUAAUUUGCUUCCGCGUUUGGCUGCAUUCCGCGCCGACGAGUCGCCUAUUCGCUCUGCAAGGCCGCCACGCAGCUUGCUGCCGGCCCAACCCCUCCAGCCCACUCUCUCUCCUCGACAACCCGCCAAGGUCCCGGAGAACCGUGAGAACCGCGAGACCACACCCACCAAGGAAAGGUCUCAGCAAGAGGAGGAGGGUUUUGAGCGAGUUCGCAACCACGCCGUAAAUCAAUUGGCCUUCUCACGCCUCUCCUCAACACCCUUCUCGACCAUCUUGAAUAACCUGCCUCCUUCGUUCUGGAGAUCUAGUGCAAGUGGUUCGGGUCCGUCCCGCGCGGAGAUUCGAUUCAUCCUCGAAACUACCAAAUGUAUUGGUAAAGUUGCCCGUGAAGGCAAGGAUGCCGCUGGCAAGCCUCUUGAAAGCGAGUUCUACUAUGUGCCAGACGACGACGACGAUGACAUGCGCCGCGAGACGGUGGUGAAUAACUUGCGGAAACCUGGUCUUCGCAACUGCCGUAAGCAACACAAGCAAUACUUCUGGCGCAAGCCCAAAUAG